AUGGACAAGCACAAGGGUUUGGAUAUCGCCGUCACAGCGCGGGCGGGGACGGCCUCGGAACAGGAAGUCAACCUGGCAACAUUGGAUGUUUGGCUUGUCGAUCUCGCCAUGUCAAAUGUGACGAAACGCAGCCUUGUUGCAAAAGAUGAAGCCCUUGAAUACUAUGCUUGCAUUAUGGCCCCGAUGCACGAAUACCACGGCGACGGGGAUAGUGCGUAUGAGUUUAGCCAUGACAAUAACGUUAGUCAGCUCGUGGCUGACAAAGAUUUUGAUGGUGAUACAUUUACCAUGCACAUCCUAACCCAUCGUCUGCAAUGCCUCUUCUCCAGUAGACGGAUCGCGCCGCGCUACGGUGUUAUGCCAGAGUUGAAACCCCUCUGGGCACGGUUGUUCAACCUCAUUUCGAUUGUCAUACAGAAAUUAAACCUCUGUAUUGCCACACCCGAUGUUCCACUUAAGGCUCUUCGAUAUAUUCGGAAGUUAAUGUAUACUGAGCUUUGCUUUGCAGUGCCAUCAUGGAGAGCACACGCAGAAGGCUUUGGAGCGCUCAUCAAAAGCUAUUCUUAUGGACUUUCUGAGCUACUCUCCCCACAGUUUCGUAUCGUGCAAUACCCUCUACUGGUGGCAAGUAUGUGCAACACGACCAGCCCCCCAAACGACCAGAUCGAACAUAUGUCCAACUGGUCUGACGACGACAUUGUUAUUGCGUAUGGCCACACUGGUAGUCACUCGUUUCCGUGCCCUACGGCUGUGUUCCAGGCCAUGAUCCGCAUCACAUAUCUACGAACGCUCGUGGCGGCCAAUAAGAACGCCCCUGAGUGGGAAGGGGUGGCCCGCGAGGCGUAUGCCAAGAUCCAGAGCGUCGACCCGCACAGAUGGGGAGAGGCGUAUCCGACUGACGAUGACAUUUACAUUCUCGCUGCGCGGGUCUACCAGGCGUCUGUUGCCCUUUACGCGAUAUUGGCGUUGCCAUCGCGGCUCGCGGCUGUGUUUACGUUCCCGCUUAGAGGUGAGGAGCACAUGGCCACAACCGCAGAUGCAUCGAUUGCGAAAACGAGUUCUGGAACAUCAGACGGACAUGAUCAAUCUACUAUAAGUGAUGGAGUGGAUGUAGAAGGCCUGCAACAUAAGCAGCGCGACAAGCUUGGCCUAGUACACGCCGCACUCGAAGAAGACAGCAGCCAGACGGCGCGAGUGCGGUACCGGAGCCGCCUCUUUCGGUUAUUUAGGCAGGCGACGCUCGAGUUACCGGAGUCAGGAGGCCUUAUGUGGCCAUCAGCGGUGCUCGGUGUGGCACUUCAGGACCACAAGGAGGAACAGGCAAUUCUUUUAGAUCACAUUGGUUACCUGCGCGGAUGGCCUGAGUCAGAAAAUGGAGCGACCUGUCUCUACGACAAGCUAGUCAUGUUUUGGGGUUCUGGCAAGAAGCACUGGGAUCAAUGUUUCUAUGAGCCAACGAGUGUAAUGACUUGA